AGAGGAGCUGUAACGUUCUCACACAUUAGUCGGCAGCAGUAACUUGUGAAAAAAUGCCGUUCAUAGAUUUAGAAACUAACUUACCUGCAAGCAAGUUUCCAGAAGACUUUCUGAAAAGACUAUGCGCUACAUUGGCUACAGCGUUGGGGAAACCGGAAGACAGGAUGAAUCUGGUGGUAAAGACUGACCUGCCGAUGAUGAUCGCAGGGUCCUGCUCCCCGUGUGUGUUGAUGUCCGUGUCUGCCAUUGGAGUGACUGAUACUGCGGAGAAGAAUAAGGAGCACAGCGCCAAAAUCUUCCAGUUCCUGAAAGGAGAGUUAGGGCUGAGCGAUGACCGUAUAUUGAUAUUGUUCUACCCUCUGGAGCCGUGGCAGAUUGGGAAGAAAGGAACAGUUAUGAGCUUCUUAUAAGGCCUUCCUUGUUUGAAAGUGAAUUCUUCAUAUGUGAUUCCUAUUUGGGAUUCAGCUAGCUGGGUUAAAAGGAAGUUGUGUUCUUAUCGGAUUAAGAAUAUUUUGCAUUAACAUCUCCAGGUUCUCUUGAAAAGUAGCUAAUUUAUGUGAUUUGAAAAUAAUCUGUUUACUAAUAUGUGAAAUAUAAAAUUCAUUUAGCAUUUUGAUAGC